AAUUCGUAAGAAAAUUCAAACUUUUUUCUCUUUCUAAAUCCCACCUACAAAUUCUCACCGUCUCUCUCAUCUCGCAAUCAGCUUCGUCACAACUUCUUCUUCUCUCUCUCUACUUUCUUUCUCUCUCUACAUUGAGAGAGAAGAAAUGAAGAGCCGAAGCUCCCAGAAGAUCUCCGCCACAUGGAUUCCCAUUUUCUGCAUCCCGGCUUUCCUUCUCGGCAUGCUCAUCACCGGCAGAAUGUGGGCAGCACCUGAAACCAACGGUCAGCUAAUUUCGACUCGACGCCAAGAGCAAGAGCUUCAAAUCGUCUCGGAAGAUUGCGCAACUAAGAAGAAGCAUGGACAAGAUAAGAAUGUGAUGGACGAAAUCUACAGAACUCAUGAAUCAAUUCAGCAUGCCAGAUCUCUAGACAAGCAGAUGGCGUCGAUUCAGAUGGAAUUGGCGGCAGCUCGGAGUUCGCAGGAGAUGGGGAACUCCGGUGGCUCCACUGCCAACUCGCAAUUGUCUAAGGCCAAUUCAACUAGAAAGAAAGCAUUUAUUGUUAUUGGAAUUAACACUGCUUUUAGUAGUAGGAGGAGGCGAGAUUCAGUUAGAGAGACUUGGAUGCCUCAAGGGGAAAAGCUACUGCAGUUGGAGCGUGAGAAAGGGAUAGUUAUCCGAUUUAUGAUUGGCCACAGUGCAACAUCCAACAGCAUUUUGGAUCGAGCCAUUGAUUCAGAAGAUGCUCAACAUAAUGAUUUCCUCAGGCUGGAACACGUUGAAGGCUAUCAUGAAUUGUCUGCCAAAACGAAAAUUUUCUUCACUACUGCAGUUGCACAAUGGGAUGCUGAUUUUUAUGUCAAGGUGGAUGAUGAUGUACAUGUCAAUUUAGGUAUGCUAGGUACUACUCUUGCCCGUCACCGUUCAAAACCAAGAGUCUACAUUGGGUGUAUGAAAUCUGGACCUGUUCUUGCCCAAAAGAAUGUGAAGUACCAUGAACCAGAGUAUUGGAAGUUUGGAGAGGAGGGAAACAAGUACUUCCGGCAUGCAACUGGACAGAUUUAUGCAAUUUCAAGGGAUCUUGCUACAUACGUCUCCAUUAACCAGCCCAUAUUGCAUAAGUAUGCCAAUGAAGAUGUGUCACUUGGUUCGUGGUUUAUUGGUCUUGAAGUCGAACACAUUGAUGAACGCAAUAUGUGCUGUGGGACUCCACCAGAUUGUGAGUGGAAGGCACAGGCAGGUAAUGUGUGUAUUGCAUCAUUUGAUUGGAGCUGCAGCGGUAUCUGCAAGUCGGUGGAAAGGAUUAAAUCUGUUCAUGAAAAGUGUGGUGAAGGGGAUGCAGCUGUUUGGAGUUCGUUAUUCUAAACCAGUUCACAUUUUAAGGUCUUUCUUGUGUAAAAAUUUUUCAAAUUGUGAUUCACAUCAACUUCAGCUGACAGUCUUCUAGAGAGUAUAGGAGAUAGCAUUGCACAUGGAUCUGAUACACAUGAUGUCCAAGGCACUGAUUUCUUCAACUUUUUUCGAAAACCUGAGAGCUAAUGAGGUUGGUGCUUAAGUUAUGUUGAAGCUGUUCAGUCCAAGUGUUUGGCGAUUUCAUCGACGUGAAUCUGAAAAUUCUUCCAAUUGUCACUGCGCGUGGGAGGGUACAAUAUAGUAUGUAUACAAAUUGACAGCUCUUGUGAUAUAGUUUUACGUAGGACCGAAAUGUUUUCUGAUGUGGGAGUCAGUUGUAGCCCCAAUAUCAGGAGUAACGUUUGGAAUCGAUGUUGUAUUGUAUCCUUCCACUUGUGUAAUGCAAAACAGAAAAUCCAUUGCUUUA